UAUAAAUAUGUAAAUACAAUAUGGCCGAUAGAAGCGGAACAUUGCGAGUGUUUCCGAAUGGCAUUUUGCCAAUGGCUUAAAAUAUAGUGAAGUUCAGAAAUUUACUUGAAUUUCGUACGUGAACAAUUCUUCGAACGACAUGGAUUAAAAGCUAGGGUACAUAUCGUUUAAGUUUUUUUAAUUCUAUCAAAAUGUCAUUUAGGUGCUAUUAUUGAAGAAUGUUUAUUUCUGAAACCAGAAUAAGCAUUUUUGGAGUCUUUUUUUCUGACAAUAUGAAAUAAAAUACGUAAUACCCAUGUUUGAGUGAACAAAUCAUUAUCGUGGAUUCACAUUCAGUUUGCCGGCAUUUCGAUCAACGAUGUUCGUAGUAUAGGUACUUGUCAUGGACACAGAUGUAGAACUUGCCAAAGGUGAAGGGUGUGAAACUAGUCCAGGUUGUUCUGGCUAUUCUAGCAUGGUGCACAGUAAAAAAGUUAUCAAACAUGCGUUACGACAGCAGGCCAAGAGGCGUAGGAAAAAUACAACUAUCGCAGCUGGUAAUUCUCGUACUCUACCAAGGAUUGUUGUUAAACCAUUACCUCCUCCUCCACCGAAUGAUCCACCAUCUCCAGUCAAUAAUGUACAGCAUAUUAACACCACAACUGAAGAGCCUGCUGCCACAAUGAGAGAAGUUUUAGCAAGUUUACCAGGAUUUAGUUUGAAGUCUGGGCGUAGACGAUCGACAAAAAGAUUGUCAGCAACUGCACAAUUAGAAGCUGGUCUCGUAGAUCUUGAGUCUCCAGCAAGUAUUCUAGCAAGUACAAGUUUGCGUGCUCUUUUAAAUAGGCAUACAUUUCAAGGUUUACCACCUUUGUAUCAAAGGAAACUUGCACAGCUUUUACCAGCCGUGGAUAGACAGGAUGCUGCUAUAUCUGGGCUAAACAAUGAAUUCUUUGCAAGAGCAUGUUUAGAAUGGCGUAAGCGCUUAGCAGAAGGAGAGUUUACUCCAGAAAAUCAACAACGAUUGAAAAUGGAGGCAGAAAGAGAUAAGAAUAAAUUAGAUCCUUGGAAAGUAAAACAUUUUGAACCUAUAUGGGGUGAAAAACGUGAACCUAAACUUAGAUCAGGUCUUCAUUGUAUUUUGGAAUCAAGAUCCGGAGGAGCGGUAACACGUUCAAGCUUAAGACUUCGUUUAGAAUCUAAUGUAGAUACGCCUGUAUUAGAUACUCCUUGCCCUGUUAUUAUGUCUGAAGAUAAAGUUGAGGAAGAUAACUGUAAAGUUGAAACGAGUAUAAAUAAUUCAGACGAACUGAAUGAUACAACAGGCAUACAAGAAUUAUUACCAACACACUAUAAUGAAACAACGCAUGCAUUAAUUGAUGAAAAACAUAUAGAAUCUGUAAACAUAAGUUCUGUAGAAACGAUAGUAGACGCUGAAAUGCAUCAAGAUAAAUUAGAGGAAGACGAUAAGGUUAUUAAUCUAACUGAAAAGCAAGAUACAAUCGAAGAAAAGGAAGUAGUAACAGAAAUUUAUGAAGAGAAAAUAUCGGAAGUGUAUAAUGACGACAUUCAUUUAUCUGAAAGUGAGAAAGAUCUUCAACCAAUGGAAAAUCACCUUCUUGAAGUAUCAGAAGAAGAAACGAUGCUUCUACCCGAAGAAACUGCUUCACCGAGAUCUAACGAGCAAGCGGAACAAAUAUCUCAUACAUCUAGGGAAACACCAUCUCAGUUGUCAGCAGAAUGCACGCCUCAAUCUUCCGUAGAACAGGUACCUCAAAUAUCGAAAGAGAUAUCUCAAAUGUCAGAAGAACAAAUAUCUCAGAUGUCGGAAGAACAAAUUUAUCCUAUGUCCGAUUGUGAAACCACAACUAUGCUUGAAACCUCACCUUCGCACGAGCAAAUUAGACCAACAGAAAUUGUUAUGGAGGAUUCUACGUUAAUUAAUAAUAAUCAGACUGAAACACCUGAAGUGACUCAUGAAAAUCCAGCAGACGGCGAAUCGCAAAUUCCCGAAGGAAUGGAAAUCGACAGCGAAACGUUACAACGUAUUCAUGAACUAGAGGUAAGAGGAGAAAUGCGUGAAGCGUAUGAAGAAAUUUCAGGAUGUCCUGAAGAAAUAAUGUAUCCCAUACUUGAUGGAAUGGAAAUGGGAUCAAACAGCGCAGAAGAAACUGAAACACAAGUAGUGUCUGGACCACCGGAAGCUCCUAGAGAUCAACAAGAUGUAAAUAACGGAAAUGAAGACGAAGCUCUUAGAGAGGCUAAUAAUUAUGUUUGUUCUGAAAUGUUGGAAUGUAGUUGGCCGGUGGAUCCCACAGUUAAUAAUAUUACUAAUAAUAAUAGGACACAAGAAGAGCUUCAAGUUCCAUGGCCGUUAGUAGCCGCAGCACUCGAUGGAUCUGUAGCUGCUAAUAUUACGGUGGCUACUCAAGAUGAAUGCAAUGAUGCACCUACAUCAACUGAUUCAACGAAUGCACCUCAACAAUUUAUUAACACGGAAUCGAAUGUAGAAUCGGUCAACUGUAUUCAGUUACCGGUUGUUCAAGGAACUCCAUUUCAAUCAGAAGGCCUUGCAAUCGGCACACCAGGCGCAAGUUGUAUAAUGAAAAAUUUUCAGUCACAGAGUUCACCUAUUAUUGCUUUUCCACAAUUACAGUCGAUCAGAUUCGUGCAAACCAGUUUCCAUUCUGAUCAAACUAAUGCCCCAGCUUUGAACAGUACGUCUCCAAUUACGGCUCAAAUUCAAAAUCAACAGAACACUAGUUCGCAGGUGAAUAUAAUGAGAACGCAGGAAGAAAUAGUCCAGUUAAAUGCUCAAAAUAAUAACGCACGGAAUAUCAGAAACAACGUAACACCGAAUCAAGUUUCGAAUGCUGUGACGGCUGCAAUUGGCGUACAACCUCAAAGUCGCGCACAAAAUACCAUUGUUAUUCAACAUCAAACGUCAGCUUCUACGCAGCCACGUCAAGUUGUAGCAACUAUACAACAACAACAGUAUCCAGGAGCAACAGUUGCGGUGACGUCCAGAUCUUCCCGCUCUAACAAUCAAGGUAGUCAAAGAGGUUCUAGGAGCAGUAAUAAGGAACAAGGCGGAGGUAGAUCUCGUAGUAGCACAAAAGAACCACCUGGAGCUGUUAAUUUGGAGCGCAGCUAUCAAAUAUGUCAAGCGGUUAUACAAAGUUCACCGAAUAGAGAUCAAUUGAAAGCUCAUUUAAAACCCCCACCUAGUUUACUUGCUAGAGGUGAUGGCGCGUUCACUACUAAUAAAUCUGGUGGUCGUACAAUUACGACCGUUAAAACUCAAAAACCAUCACAAACAAUACAAAACAAACAAGCUCAAAAUAAAACACAAGCAGUUAUGCUGAGACAUGUGUUUGCAACAGCACGUCAAGCAACGUCAGCAGAGGUUCCAGAAAGCAAUACUGUAGCACAAUUAGGAUCCACGACAACAAGCGGAUUAGGGCAAUAUAUACUUGUACAAAGGACAGGUGUCGGAGACAGUGCGCCGAGAGCAUCCUCUGCUCCACCUCUACCUCCACAAAUCGCAGGGAUGGGUGUCGGAGUGCAUUUAGUACGUGGCAGACCGGCCAGUGCAGGAGAGGGUUCACAUCAAGCUGUAACGUUGAAAGCGAGAGGCACUGAUGGUAGAGGAGGAGGUGGCGCUGAACCUGGAGCACCUGGUAUGAUAAUGGGUGGCGAUCCACCACCUCCAUGUGAAUGUAACAUGCGAGGUGCUAUGGUAAUAUGUCGUCAAUGUGGAGCGUUUUGUCAUGAUGACUGUAUCGGGCCUCAACGUAUUUGUGCUACUUGUCUGAUACGUUAAUCAUUGUUUAAUGAUUGUUUCUGUAUAAAUUAAGAACCGUAUAACCAGAGUGCUGACUAUUAAAUUACGGGUAUAUAGUGACAAGAGUUUUUUUUUAAUUUUUUAUUAAAAUCUGCUGGAUGAAUUACAGGAUAAGUAAGAUUGUAUUUUCAGCGAAUAGCCGAAUUUAUUAUUCAGCACUUUAGUGUAAACGGUAGUUUAUGUAAUUGUAAGAAUUAAUGGAUACAGUUGCAACCAUUUCUAAAUUCUUUGAACUUGAUUUUUCUGUGAUUUUUUCAGUAUUAAUUUACGAUUGCUUUUGUAUAAAAAUGAUUUUAAUCUUCGUGGUACAUUAUUUUAUUUGUUUUAUAAUAAUAACUGUUUUUUACGUCUUUGGAAUUGUUUUUAAAUAUUUUAUGAAUGAUUUUAAUCAACGAUAAAUACACUAAAUGAAAAAGAAUAACAUUUUUGAUUAUUUUUGAUAAUCGAAAUAUUACAACUGUAUUCUUGUAAUUCUUAUCAAAGAAAAAAUAAAUUUUGCAGUCAGACUCUAAUACCGUCUUCCAGUAAACAUCACAUUCUUUAAUACGCGACUUUUCUAUUUAUUUAUUUGACAGAGGUUUAAGUUUAUUCUUAUUAUCUAGAAUAUAUUCCUGUACAUGCUGAUCUCAAAUUUAUUGCAAACAUCAGGAAAUUAUUCUUACACGCUCUCUUUUACUUUUUUCUUUUAACAUAUCAUUUUAAGCGUUAGGACAGCGUUUUCCACUUGUUACUAUAGUAGACCAUCUUGUACAGGAAUGUUGUUUGAGAUGAAUAUCGAUGAUUAAUGUUAUUCAUCUAUUGCAAUCGUAAAAUCUGAUUAGAUACUAAAAUGUAGAAUUUAAAUAUUUUAGCUUUAUCCCCUCACUUCGUUGUAAACAAUUUUUUAGAAUAGUGUCGGAUACAUUGUUUGCUUUGUGUUAGCGCGAGAAAUUAAACAUGAAUGAGGUAUAAGAACGCAUGAAAGUAAACGUACAGUGGGACACAGUGAAAAUCGUCCAAUAUAUUUUGUCGUCAUUUUUACAUCAUUUUGUACUAAAAGCAAGACAGAGGUAUCCUUUUUAUUUUUAUGACAUUGCAGUAGUUAUAAUGCAAUAAUGAUACUUAUUCUUUUAUUGAAAGAAGUCCUCAGAAUUGUUUCAAAUUAAUAGAGAGUAAUUGCUAUUGUUUAGUGAACGUAACAGAAUAAAAAAAAAAUUAAUAUUUGUCAAAGUGUUACAGAUGGACGUUUUUUAUUGUGAACCACGUUUCAUAAACGUCAUUACAUAAGCAUAUUCAUUUUGUUAAAAAUAUACAACAAACUUUGGUUCCUUUUUUAUAUGCAAACAAGCAAUAACAUAGAUGGAAUUGUAUUAUUACUUAUACUAUGAGAAUGUUAUGUUCAUGUAGGCAUGAUCAAGGGGUAACUCGCAAGCCAUCUUCAUUUGCUCACUUCAUUGAAUCACAGAAACAACUCCUUCUAUAUCUACUUGGCUAUAAUGUUUUCCAUAAACCAAAAAUGCCAUAAAUUAUACCGCGAGAUUGCUCUUCCUUGUCGUGCUUUAAAUCAUCUCACAUUUUUCAUAUUAGAAAUUUAGAAAUUCUGAAAUUUUUGAAUUACCUGAUUUCUAAAUUUCUGUGUUUAAAAAUGAGAUUGAUCGGCAAUAUAAAUUAUAGCAAACUGAUUUGUAGGGACACGGACUAACUGAUAGUCUGAGGCGUCAUUUGAUUCUGUCUAACAUAGCAUCCUUUUAAGCGGAAUUAGAAAAUGAAUGUGGUGGAUGAUUAUCACGAUGACCCACUGUAUAAGCUUUACGGCUAACAUUACAUUAUGUAUAUAAUUCGCAUUUCAGACAUUCAUUUUUUAAGUAUAUAUAUUUUCGUGAAAAAUAUAUUUCUUAUUUUAUAAAUGAAUUUUUAAAGACCGAAAUCUAUCAUGUUAUUUUCUUAUGCAAGCGUAGCCGAUAAAUGAAUUACGAUUGUUAUCAUCUGUGCGUCAGUAUGAUAUGUAUGAAUCACGUAUAUCGUUGUAGAACAAUAUACGUUGCAUCAUCAUCAUUUUUCACGUCAAAUUGCGUUUGAAUGUACUGAUAAAUUUUCAUAUUGAUAUGUUUCUUUGAAAUCAUUGAGAAGAAUACGUAGUACUACUGCGAUUCGAUAGAACAACUAUUGUGUAUUUGUCGCUCAAAUGUAAAUAAAAUCAUAUUCGUUUAA